CCCGGCCAUGCGCCAGGCUGGACUCUGCCACCCAGCCGAAAUCUAAAAGCAGAAGGGGACCCAUCGCCGAACCUCGGUUGCUAAGCCUGGUUGAGAAGAGUUGCAUUCAUCAUGGCCCAAGGAUCCAGUGACAUGGAUAUUGGGGAGCAAGAGGACAGUUCUCCAAAUAUGAUUGUUUACCGAAAGAUAGAAGAUAUCAUUACAAGAAUGCAGGAUGACAAAACCGGUGGCGUGCCCAUUCGUACCGUCAAGAGCUUUCUGUCAAAAAUCCCUAGUGUUGUCACAGGAGCUGACAUAGUACAGUGGCUUAUGAAGAAUCUCAGUAUUGAAGAUCUAGCUGAAUCAAUACAUAUGGGAAGUCUCGUUGCAGCACAAGGAUAUAUUUUUCCAAUCUCUGAUCACGUACUGACUUUAAAGGAUGAUGGGACUUUUUAUCGGUUUCAGGCUCCAUACUUCUGGCCUUCCAAUUGUUGGGAACCAGAAAACACGGACUAUGCCAUCUAUCUUUGCAAGAGGACCAUGCAGAACAAAGCUAGACUGGAACUGGCAGAUUAUGAAGCAGAGAAUUUAGCAAGACUUCAGAGAGCUUUUGCCAGAAAGUGGGAAUUCAUCUUUAUGCAAGCAGAAGCACAAGUCAAAAUUGACAGAAAAAAGGAUAAGACAGAAAGGAAGAUUCUGGAUAGUCAAGAAAGAGCUUUCUGGGAUGUUCAUAGGCCGGUGCCGGGCUGUGUGAAUACAACAGAGAUGGACAUCAGAAAGUGUCGGCGAAUGAAGAAUCCACAGAGAGUUAAAAAGUCAGUUUAUGGAGUUACAGAAGAUAGUCAGUCCCAAAGUCCUGCACAUAUACCUUCCCAACCAAUUCGCAAAACAACAAAAGAUGACGUCCGAAAGCAAAUAUCAUUUCUGAACGUUCAGAUAGACAGGCAUUGUUUAAAAAUGUCUAAAGUAGCAGAAAGUUUAAUUGCUUAUUCAGAGCAGUACACGGAUUAUGAUCCCUUUAUAACACCUGCGGAACCCUCCAAUCCCUGGAUAAAUGAUGACAGUGUGUUUUGGGACUUAGAAACAAGCAAAGAGCCUUCCCAACAUCGGGUCAAGAGAUGGGGCUUCUCAAUAGAUGAGGUGUUGAAAGAUCCUGUGGGGCGCGACCAGUUUCUUCGAUUUUUGGAAUCAGAAUUCAGUUCUGAAAACCUCAGGUAA